UGACAAGAAAACCUUCGCUGCCGAAUCAGUCUCAAUUUUCGAUGAACGCCGACGCAUACCUGAAGAAAUACGGCUGGAGAGGCACUGGGCACUCUCUGGAUCGCACGGAUCGUGGCAUCACAAAACCCUUAUUGAUCUCCCACAAGCAGGACCAGUUGGGUCUGGGGAAGCAGAAGGCCGCUCACAGCGUAUCUGAUCAGUGGUGGAUGCGAGCAUUUGACGAGAGUCUGCAGAACAUUGGCACCGGCAAAGAGAGCACCCUAAACCAAGUGCGCAAAGUGGGCAUCAGUCGAGGCGGACUAUACAGUUUCUUCGUGAAGGGAGAAGGCUUGACAGGCACCAUCGAGGACCCGAAUUCCGCUGCCGAAUCCUCCCAAUCUGCUUCAUCUGCGUCGCAGUCCGGAGCAAGCACACCAGCUACCUCCGCCUCCGAGUCCGCAGCAGCAGCAGCAGCAGCCAGCGACAGCUCCUCCGACUCCGAGUCAUCCUCCGACAGCGAGAGCGACGUCGCUCCGGAACCCCCCGUAAAGAGCUCCAAAAAGCGCAAGCGAGCGCAGAAGGAAGAGUCCGACGAUGUGGAGAAGAGGCAGAGAUUAGAAAAGCCAAAGGAUGGCGGCGACGUAGAGGCGACGGAGGCGACGGGUGUAGAACGCUUCGCUAGUGGAGGACAACGAACAAAAAUCCAUGCCGUAGUCAAGCGCAUCAACCGUGAGAUGAAGGCGAAGAUAAAGGCCCGGGCGAAAGCAGGCGAGUUCGAGGACGUCCCGUCCGCCAAAUCAGGCAGGCCGAAGAAGGUCAAGAUGGAACAGCAGACACGAAAGCGCGAAGCGCAGAAGUUGCUGAAGAAAGAAAUGAUCGCGGACGCUAUGCUCAGGGGCGACCUGCCGACACUCAAGAAGUAUAGAUCGCGAGAGGACGCCUUGAAAAGCUGCGAACGGGACCUCAAGUUGAUCCUGAAGGCUGGGAAACUAAAGGACAAGGGGAAGAAGAACAAGGACAAGAAAGCUAGCGGUCCUAAGCAAACCCAGACGUUGGAGAAAAGCGACGACACCGCCGCCUCGGCCAAGAUCGCCAAAUUGUCUGAGAAGGAAAGAGCGCAAUACGAAGAGCGUGCUGCGAAGAAGGGCCAAACACUCGAGCAAUACGUCCUCCGUCGGAUCCAGAAGAAAGAGGAGCAGCGUUCAGGCUCGACCUCAAGCGCAGGCUCAGGUACCGACCAACCCGCCGCAAAGCCCGAAACCGGCGCUCUAUUCUUCACCGACCUCGAGGGCGACGCCAACAUCCUGUCUAAACUCCAACCAGGAAAUUCAAAGCACCAAUCGUUCAAGGAGAAACGACAGAGCACAGUAGAGAAGCGAGUGUCCAAGCGCGGCGACACGUCGGAGGCGAAAGAGAAGAAGUCGAAGGGGAAGGAUGUCGAGCGCAAGAAGUGGCUGCAGGAGCUAGCAUUGAGCGGCGAGACAGCUAUCUAGACAUUUCUCCUCAUCAUGUUUGCACAAAUCUACGAGACACAUUCAAGCAUUUCCGUUCUUUCUUUGUCAAGCAUAGCGUCACAUGGUAGAUAGCUAGAUCCACGAGGUAUCGUCUCUGCAAUACCCAUCCUAGAAAUACAACACAACAU